CUCUGGCAACACUGAGCGACGCCUGGAACUCCCUUCAUCACUCUCCAAAACAGCUGAAAUUACAUAACAUUUGACAGCUACUUGACAUUCGUGUUUAACCUAAAAGUAGGUUUUGCAUCGAUUUUUGUAUUUAUUACUCUCAUACAUUAAAAAUUGGAUUCAACAAUUUGCGCAUUCUGUGUUUACUUUCUCUAGACGGAAUAUCACAAAUGGGCUCAGAACAAUCUACCCAAGGGGCCCAGAGGCAGGGCAGCUUGGAUAAACAGAAACAAAUAAACAUACGAAGACAACAUACUAUCGCUAAUCCCAGCUCUUCUGUCUCAGACGAACCUGAAGCAGAUGGUGGAAGACCAGGAUCUAUUUCCCCAGGGCCCAGCUUAUGUAGUGAUAUAGAUUUACCAUACAUUAGUUACACCGUAAACAGACCGAUCGGGGAUUCACCAAAGCUGGCUAACAAGCAACUGGUAAAACCUAAAACAACCAGAAAGGUACAGCAGAUAAAACAGUUAAAGUCCAAAUCGCCGCACAACAUUGUGGUUGUUAGAGGUGGGAGUAUCCCAACACCUGGUACAGAAAAAGAUCCAGAUAUUGUCAGGUUGCAAGGUAUUCCGAUGUUUUUGCCUAUAAUGAGGGCGACAUUGAGCUUACCUGCGGCUAGAGAUCCAGAAAUAUUAGAAAGGUUAGAUCCCACACCUCUAAGAAACCUUUGUUUGAGAUACCAACAUCAUUUGACGUCAGCCGCAAAUUUAGUUGCCACAGAGCAAAAUCAACUGACACAGAAAGUACGAGAGACUGACAUGGAGGUAGCCAAAAUCGUGUCCGUCACAAUAGAAAGACAGAAAAAGUUUGCAAAGUAUGCUGAAAAGCUGUCGAAAGUGCAGGAGCUGUCACAUCAGUUGAACAGAUGUCACAUGCUGCUGAAUCAGCUUUUAGAAUCGAUGGAAACUUUGAAUAAUCAUUUAGACAUCGAGGAUAGGUUAGAACCGUUCGUUUGGACGACUGGAUGAGACUUGGAGAAUGAAAACCCUGAGGGGAACGUACAAGAAGAUACGUAGACUUUGGGAUUGCAUCAUGCGGAUUGCGAAUACGUUGGUGUACAGCGUGCUCAGAGAAGGAUCAAUAAAUGAUAAUAAAAUACAAACUUUUUCAAAAUCAUAUCUUUGAAACAAAGGUCAGCCUUUAAAAUAACAUUUUAUUUUUGGCGGCAAUAGGCAGACGCAGUUGAUACCUAAUGAAUCAGUAUAAUUUCUCUACUUAUUGGCAAAGCUUUUUGACUGUAACAUAGAGUAGUUUUCUUAAAAUCCUAUAUUUUUGUUUGUCGUAAAUCAAUCGCACUUUGGACGCGUUUUCUCGGUUUGCGGUUAGCUGCUUGGCCUGUGUGGUUUCACUCAUUCAUUACACGGUAUUCCCACAAAACAUUUUUGAUCAAUGAUUUUUUUUAUACGUGUGUGGCCGAAGCUUCGAUCGAACCCUAAUUUUCAAAAAAAUUGAUUAUUUGCCUCGGUGAUUUUGCAUGGCCACUGCCACGACCAGAUUUGCCCCCACUGGAUUUUUCCCUAUCGGCGGUAUUUCAAGAGCAAAAUUGAACCUGCCAAGCUACGCCAUUAUGCACAAUGCGAUGAACAGUUUCCUUGAGAGUAUCUGAAACAAAAUGGUAAAAGAAAGUCGCAAUUCUGGAGACUAAUUUCGAUAACAUUUCUCAACAUGUGUCGUAUUUCUUUGAAUUUAAUUUGAAAAUUCUAGAUCUCUGGGACUCUUAACCUAGGUAUGUAAUGUACUAUUUAUAAACUUAAACCAAAGAUUUUCCACCCUAUAACUCAAAUGGAUUAUUGUAUGUAUGAAUUCUUUUAUGUUGUAUAUUAUAUGCAGGGUGUCAUUUAUUUUAACAGCUUGUAGUGCUCGUCAAGCUGUAUAUAGCAUUUAUUUGUAAAUGUGGUUUUAUAGUUUUGUAUCUCGAUUUUAAAGUAUUAUGAUUGCCAGAAUGAUACUGGUAUUAGGCUAUGAACAAAUAAGUGUAACUUUAUAGAAAUAAAACCGUGCAAAGCGCCAUCACUGGGUGCGCCAUCUAUUACUUUUUUUACCUAUAGUUUAUGUGUUACCAUGUGAGUCAAAAGUCAUGUGGAAUGCAUAAAUGAACUGUCAAAGGUAUGCCAUUUAUUCAAACUUAUUACGAAAACGGUCGCAUGACUGAUGUUAUUUUUCAUACAUAAAUGGCAUAAACCAACCUUCAUUUAUCAAUAAAAAAAAUCGAUUUCACCUCGUAAAAAGCGUGAUGAUUUUUCUGAUAGAAAAAAAGUAAUAGAUGACGCACCGCUGUUAUUUUUAUAUCAUCACAUAUUUUGCUUGAAUCAAUGUUUGUUUAAUAAAGACUAUUUAUCUCGUUGACAUUUUUUGUUGGGUACAUUCAAGGUAUGUCUCCACUUGAGAAGUUUUUGCAACGCGUUGCGUCAAUUGAAGCGUCAUGUCGCCAAGCAAAAUGAAAACGUUCCUUUAGGCGUUACGUACUAAUUUCUUCGAACACGACAAAAAUAUUGGAAAAGCGUAUUUUAUGUGUAAAAGGGGUGAGUUGAAUCGUUUCAAAAGGCGAAAUCAAAUCGUUGAAAGAUAUCCUAUACGAGUAGCGCCAUAUAUACUAUGUGACAUAUAAAUGCGAACACCCAGU